UUUUGUUCUUUUUUUCCUUUUCCAUCUAUGUUGUACUAUCUAUUCUAGCUAUUUUUACCAGGAAUUUAUUGACAGAAACAUCAAUCACUUGUGUGCUCACUCACUCAGUUGUAUCUGUGCGCACAAGCACACGCGCACACACAGACAGCGUGGCUUCCUUCACCCACUUGUACUCUCAUUCCACUGGAAUGGGCAUAGCUAUCUCUGUGCUGUUUACAUCCACCCGCUGGAGCAACUGCUCAACUAUAACUACUCAAUUUACCCAAUUAAGGUCAAGACACAGACAAUCAUGAGCAGCACUCUGGGACAAUUUACUAAAGGAGCUUCCUGGGAGGAACUCAUUCAGGCAAGCAUCCAGUCAUUCGAUGACGAUGGUAAUGUUUGCCAAAGCAACCAUCUUUUGAACAUCACCCUCACCAUGCACAGAUUACUACUGUCCUCCAAAGAUCUACUGGACAAGCUGAUUAUCCUCUUUCAAAAUACACUGGAGGGUGAAAAGUCUGCAGCAUGCCUGAAAAUCUGCUAUUUUAUUCGGUAUUGGAUAAGUGAGUUCUGGACCAUGUUCCAGUUGCACAGCUGUCUGGCAGGAACCUUGGAGCAAUUUAAGGAACUUAUGAGGGAACAUGGGCAGGAGAAUCUCUGCUCUUUACUGCACGCCAAGUGGAUGGGUGACAGAGUGUGGUCUCACAAAUCCAGUCAGAAAAUCAAGGUAAGAAGCAGCAGGAAGAGAAAAGUCUCAUUGCUCUUUGAUCAUUUGGAGCCAGUGGAGUUGGCUGAACAUCUCACCUACUUGGAGUUCAAAUCUUUCUGCAGAAUCUCUUUUGCAGAUUACCAGAAGUACAUCCGAAAUGAGUGUUUGUCAGAAAACCCCACGAUGGAGCGUUCUAUUGCACUGUGCAAUGGUAUCUCCCAGUGGGUCCAGCUCAUGGUUCUCAGUCGACCAACCCCUCAGCUCCGAGCCGAGGUUUUCACCAAGUUCAUCUAUGUAGCACAGAACCUCCAUCAGAUGCAGAACUUUAACUCUCUUAUGGCGGUAGUGGGUGGCCUGUGUCACACGUCUAUCUCCCGACUAAAAGACACAUGUACGCACGUGCCACAUGAAACCACCAAGGUUCUAAAUGAAAUGACCGAUCUGCUCUCGUCAUCUAGAAAUUACGAGAAUUACAGACAAGCAUACAGCAAGUCCACAGGCUUCAAGAUUCCUAUCUUGGGGGUCCACCUGAAGGACCUGAUCGCCGUGAACGAGGCCAUGACUGACUACGUGGAUAACGGCAAGAUCAAUGUGCAGAAACUUCAGGCCCUCUACAACCACAUAAACGAGCUCAUCCAACUACAGCAGAAUCCACCACUGCUGGAUGCAAACAAAGACCUGGUGCACUUACUGACCCUGUCUCUUGACCUGUACUACACCGAAGAUGAAAUCUAUGAGCUGUCCUACGCAAGGGAGCCGAGGAACCACAGAGCGCCUUCUGUAUUUAUGAAUUAUGAUCAUGAUGAAAGGGGCUUCAUCUCCCAGGAGGACUUUGAAAAAAUUGCUGCGAGCUUUCCCUUCUCAUUCUGUGUUACAGACAAGGACAAAGACGGAUUCAUCAGCAGGGACGAGAUCACAGCGUAUUUCAUGCGGGCCAGCGUCAUCUGUUCCAAACUUGGCCUAGGCUUCUCGCACAACUUCCAGGAAGCCACAUACAUGAGACCUACCUUCUGUGACAACUGCUCAGGAUUUUUGUGGGGCGUCAUUAAGCAAGGCUACAGAUGCAGAGACUGUGGAAUGAACUGCCAUAAAUCCUGCAAGGAGCAGGUAGCAUUCGAGUGUAAAAAGAACGCCAAACCAAGCAGCAACGCAGACUGGAGUCCACCAUCUAAUACACCAGAUACCUCAACACGUGGUCAUGACGGGUCAGAUGAAACUCAGUUCGUAUAUCCACCCACUGCUAUAACUGACAACUCCGAGCGCCAUAAACAGUUCAGCCCGGGCGUGAGACCAAGAACCAUUAUGGUGCACAGAAGUACUCAGACAGACGGAACUUCAUCAUCCAGCCACGUGCAGGCCUCUCUGCUGAGUCCAAGUGGUCCGUCUCGCACACCAUGCCCGAGUCCUGUUCCUCAGCGCAAACGGGUGUGUGCUAACAAGACUUUCAACUCACUCAACCCUGCUGAGGAGAACAAGCCGACCUACGAAGCUCUGGAGAAGGAGAAUCAUUCUCUACAGAAGAGCAACGAGAGGCUCCAGCGCAAGCUAAAAGAAGCAGAACGUGAGGUGGAGAUCCUUAAAACGCUCUUGAAGCGGCAUACUCUCCGUCCAGUGGAGGAUGACUCCUCUUCUUCCUCUUGAUCUUGUAAACCUUUUGUUUGUAUGAACUCAAAACGCAGGACGGCCCUUGACUCUCAUAUUAGAAUAGUGAUCCUCUUCACCCUAAUAUAUUUAUAAUGUCCCUAAAUCAUCAACUCAGGGUCACUAACUCACGACACAUUCAGACAAAAAGCAGAUUCCUCUGCAAAUCUGCAGCUAUCAAAUUAUCUGUUGUUAAUAAUAUG